AUGGAACUCCCCACGCUAGGCUCUCCCACAAGGUGGACGGCUCCGGGUAGGUCACUCUAGUCACAACUGAUUUGGGGUCCCUAUUAACAUCCGUACAGAAGUUCGGUCUCAGGGUGAACAGCAGGAGACACAAAAACAGUUCAUUGGGCGCUCAAAACUAGACACUAGCAAGGAGAAAUCGUUUCGAUAUCUCGAUUUCGCAGAAGGUGGAACGAAUGCCGCGCUCAACAAAUGGGGCCAAUUUUUGCAGUUAAGUAGGUUGGUUGUGGGUCGCGGUGACACCAGCAACUGGAAUUAUAUAUCGCUGGAGCCGCGAAAUAUCCUUGGGCUCGAGCAUAUCGCACCAGUGCCGGAAUCCCACGAUCACAAGCAGAAGGGGGAGGAGGAGGAUUCAGGGCGUGGGAGGGGAUCGCUGGGCUCGGAACACGACAACCCAAAGUGGAAGCCCGGUGUAUACUGCUGCAGCGGCUACCUUGCGCAUCCAGGAAGACACGAUGAAUUCAAUGCACUUUGCAUACGGAACCAGGGACUCGGCCUCAGAUUCUCAAAUAAUACCAAGAUCUCGGAUCCUGAACACUACUAUAGGAAUGAUAGAUGGCCGGAGGUACGCUACACCGUUGAGGAGAACAUCACAGUCGUCCUACAGUAUUACAUCCGGGAUGGCGAGAUCAUUCAGGAUAUGUUCUUGACUUCAGAAUCUGACGAGGAAACCGAGCUUAAUCUGGAAUUUGACUUCACCACUGGAAUCCGGAUAACUCCCGGGAACAUGAGCCAACCAAAGGAGGGGAACGUGGAUGUUCCCGACCAUUUUCUGCAGCGGGUGUCAGAGGGAGAAGCCCCGGGGUCCCACUGGAAGAUCCGACGCGGCGAUUAUUACGCGACGGCAAGCUUAUUUAAAGAUGGUGAACCGAAGUCGUUUAGCCUCCUGGUGGACGGUGAACAGGAAAACAAGGCCGAAUGUCGCAUUGGCAUUCUUUCGGACGAGCCACUAAGUCAUCGCGAGACUUUCGUAUUGAAAUCGAAGGCAAGCGCGAAAUUUACCUUCGUAUUCAAGUUAGAUCAUGAAAGCGUUCCCGUUACCCUGCCACACUAUUUCGAUAUAUCUCGCUUAGAAUUAUUUGAUGGCCGGUGGUGGAGUUUCAGGACUGAAUCCUCGUCGUUUAUUUUCAGACGGAAUCUUGAGACUAUACUCUCACAUGCAAUGCCACUGCCGCCGGUGGAAGGCGAAGACUAUCAGCCUUAUGUUCUACACGAUCACGAUCUGAUUAAUACUUUACAGACAUGGAGUAGUUCUCUGUAAGCUGCCUAAAGCACUCGUCUGAUUAAUUUGUUUGCAAAAGCUUAUCAGAUCCAGAAACCAGACUCUUUACCUCCUCGAGAUUGAUAAGAUACUGCAACACCCGGGUACGGCAGACGAAGAAACGAAGUCGCAUUACCGAGAGAGGAUUCGGGAGGUAAUUUUUGGGUACUUUGUUUGGCUACUACGACAUGCCGAAUUGAACGGGUUUUCGGAGACUGAUAUUUUACAUUGGUCUGGGAAGCGUCUGCUACCCACGAAAGAGUAUGAGCCCGCAGGGGGAAAAGGGGACCCAAAGGAGGAGGAAGGGAAGGAAACCUUGAAAGGAUUCGCGAGGAAAUCCCAGGAACCUGAAGCUGAGGAAACUGCAACUCCAGCCGAAGCAAGUGCAUCAAACCCAGAUGAUUCAUAUACCGAGGAGCCAGUCGAUCCCUCUAAUGCGCGCCCAUCUGAACCCGAGUUGUCUAAAUAUGAGGACAAGUUCCGGAAUUGCUGUCAAUUCCUUAUUUUGCUGGAUAUGUGCUUGAUCAACUAUCCGGAUGAAGUAUCUCUGUUCACUCGAAUGGUGAAAGCUUUCCUAAAGCUAGCGUGGGAGCCAAUUGAGAUGAGCAGGCACCGAGGAUCUCAACUAUGGCCAGAUCACUUAGAGAGCCCGAGUGGAUACCCACCGCCGUAUGCGCGAUUCAUAGACCGGACGAAUCUGGAGGGUUGUGGAUAUGGUGGACAAGGUAUCUAUGUCUAUGUCAUCACGACGCAAGUGCUUGUGUGGCGGGCCAUUAAGUCCACGAAUAAGCUACUUAAGUUAGUUUCCAACCACCAAAGUUGGAGUAACUGGAUGAUUCGCCAAAGUUUAGACGACAAGAAAAUUAGAGAUCGGACAAUAGAGGCUUUCCGCCCCCCCGCCAUUGACACGAGUCCAGACUGUUUUCCGGACCGCUUUUUUUCAAAAAUUAAAGGACAUGUUAAGGAAUCCUUUCUGGAUCAAUGGAGUUGCGAUAUCGCCAUUCCCUCAUUUGUGGAGGAUUUCUUCUUCGACAAGAAGAAUGGGCUGAUGCUUGCUUGGGCAGAGACGCUCAGGUACUAUGAUACUUUCAGCGACCGUGCCGGGACACAAGUGUCGAACACCUGGGAACAUUUCAUGCGCUACCAGUUUACGAUUGACAAGGACCGCCGUGAGGCGUUACGGGAGAAUUUUGAGGCGAGGGCGUAUGCGGUCGGGCUUUUUCCUGGUGGCGCAGUUACCCAUAGUUGUCAUUGUCCUUGCUCUACAUCUUGGGCAAUGGUCACAUAUUUCCUCAGUGGGGAUCAUACUGAAUUGCUAUAUCCUAAGUUUAGGAUUCCAAUGUAAGUUAGGCCGUCUAUCUACGUGACGAACGAUUACGGGGUUUUAACCACGAACUAAUGUUUCCAACUAAAGAAAUAUGAAUUACAAUGCCCGUGCCAGCUGCGCACAGGGACCCAUGCUCCCGCAGGAAGGCGUAACGAGUGCCGGUAUUAACCCUGGUACAACAAUUAGUGUUGGCGCUCGUCAGGAUGGAGGAAAGCCAGGGAAGGGGAAGGGCUUCGACAUCAGCGCCGAGGACCGUAGUCAGGUGAACGAUCCACCGUGUAAGUAGUUUUGAGGUCCCCUAGGGAUGUUAUAUUUGUUCUGAUCGAAACAGCGUAUGGCGACUGGUACUGGUUCAGAGAGCCUCUCUUUAUGAAGUACAAGGCGGAGAAGUUCGAAAUGAAUAAGGGAUGCAUAGAAAUGUUUCUGGAACCGGGAGAUAAAUGGCGUUAUUUUUGGGAAACUAGUGGAGGAAAAGACAAAUUUUUAAAAAAUAUGGUGGAUACGCCGAACUAUGACUGGGGAAAUAAAAACACCUUGGUCAAACCACGCCGAGAUGGAGAUUUUGGUUUCUUUCAGGGGAAUGAGGCAUUGCUCAAGUUGCAGGAAAAGGUAUGAGAACAAAUCACCCCCCCUUCAGUAGUGAUAUCGAGUUACUGAUGGUUUAGGAACAGAGGGAUCCCCAAGAGGAUAAAAAAAGGAUAUUGUUUGUACCAAUAUAUCUACCUUCUCCUGCCUUUCAUAUGCAAGCCGGGGCAUCACCUAAUAGCGUCAUAUAGGGUCAUGGAGGACUGCAAGAUCCAGCACCUAAUCACCCUGAUGGCCAGCAUAGGUUUUCAAGAAGCCGGCCAUAUAGGUGAAUUUCUCUCCCGGCUUCGCCUCAUGGAUCCUCACGAGAUGAGAUUUGCAGAACAGGUAUGUAAAUUAGCCAUCCCCUCCAUAAAUUUCCACAGUAGUGCCUCAUAUCAUUGAAGACAAUCAUGCCAGACAAUCUCUGGAUUACAGAGUUCAAUAUAAAUUUCAUCACAGCCCCAUAUCUCGCUAAAGUAGAGUCACCCCACCCGUUAAACUACUUUGCGAAGAAACGUGCAAAGUUCCAGAGUAUCAACGACGUUGUUUCAAACCGGAUCACGGCUGAAGCGGCCAUGGGGUUCCGCGUUAUUGGUGACCUGCACGACCGGUGCUGGACAUGCUAUGUGUUUUACGACUUCGGAAGCCAGGAACUCAUUUCGGAAGCUAGGGAGGAGGUGGGUGGGAGCGACUAUGGUUCCUCUUCGAGUCAAAGAAAGUGUCUUGAGGGAUUCCUUGUACGCCAGGCCCUGGAUCUGGUACUCUCAGAGACCAAAGCUAUCCUCCAGAUUAUUACUAAAUCUAUGGGGGGUAACGAGGUAAGUUUAUUGAUAGGAGAAGGCCUAACGGUGCUGUGCAUAUGCUGAUUAGGUGUUUGUUCAAAGGAAUCAUCGCAAACAUUCUUCAAUACAUUACUCACGGAAGAUGGCCACGGUGGGGGCAGCAAUUUCGAAACCCUGAAUAAGAAUAGUGUAUUCUACCCCUGGCUACUUGGUAUUUAUAGGAUUCUACGGGAUAAAUGCAAGGCGAGCAGUAACGCUGCGGAUCAAUGGAUAUUGGCGGAAAAGACACGAAAGUACAAGCCUCGGUGGUCGGAGAAGGACCAAAAGAGCUUCGGGGAAGAUGUUGCGAAGAACCGAAUGGAGGUGAAGGCCCGUUGUACCGAGCUAGAGAAGAUGGCCAAGAACUUGCAGGAUCAGAUAGACGAGAUUAAGCACCUCAAGAAAGUUGUAGGUGUCCCACCAUGUCUUCACGGUGUUGUGCGGGAAGACUUGUGCUAAUGACCAGAUUAGCUAUCGAGUGAGUUAGCGCUCCGAGAAGCGAGGCGCUCGACACAACUCGCAUCUACAGUGAAUAUUUUUGCCGUCGUUACAACAAUAUACUUGCCCUUAACAUUCUCUGCCGUACGUCUUUGCCCUUCCUAUAAGCCAACCGUAGGCAUACUAAUUCGGUAUCUACAGACUAUUGUCGCCAUACAAGACUUCCAGAAGCCAUCUCCCACAAAAGCUCUGAUCAGAAUUACCCUCGCCGUGGCCCUUGUCACCUUAAUCCUGCUGGUAGGUAUCUUCCUGUUCCGCCGCGGCCUUGCUGCCCUGGAAACCUGGGCCCAGCGCUUAGUCCACCGCACGGAAUCUGGCCACCGGGAAAGCACUCACAACCCCGACGAAGUGGAAAAGCGCACGAUCCCGAUGACCGAUGUCACUCCUGAUAUUGCGAGUGGCUGGCGGUGCAUACGCUUGAUGGCGAUAUUCAUUGUCAUCAUGUUUCCUGUACAAGAGCUGGCCUUUAUAAUCCGCACGUUCCAGCCGGAGAAGAUCAGGGGUGCUGGGCCCUUGAAGAAGUUGGUGAGGGUUCCCUGGGCCCCCAUAUGGAUUCUGCAAUUGGCUCUUGUGUACGUGAUUAUUCUCGCCGGCUAUGCCCUCCUCUUUUUGGUGGGAUUGGUGCAUCGCGCGUGUGUCUGGUUGUGGACCGGGGACGACAUCCUCGGGAGAGAGGAGGUCGUGCCGGAGGGGGGUGAGAAGAGUUCGUGCCCCGGGUCGGAUAGCACGCGGGGAUAUGGGAGGCUGGUAGGCUGGCUGGAGAAACCGGUGAAGGCUAUGCGGCUCUCCAUUGUUGCUGAGGCGCUCAGGUCCAAGGAGAAAGGGAAAGAGAAAACUGAUGUAGAAAAUCAGGGGACUGCUCAGUAG